ACUAAUUCUCAAAACACCGUCGUCUGAUUGUGACGUCAUGAGAAAGCGACAGCUGUCCUUCCACGCCGUUGGCUGAAUAUUAAAGAUUGCGUUUUUCCUAACCGUCUUCUAGCUCUUGUUUUGUCAAAACGAGGCGAACUGGUAUUUUAGUUCACGUAUAGUACAGUCAACAGUUGUUCUGUCUCUGACUGGCAGCCCGGACUUCGUUAAUUCAGCUUUUUUUUUUAUCCCACAUGUGUUUACUGUACUUAGCUGUGUGAGGUUUAAACCAUGGAGACCAAGCGCCUAGACUCUGCUGUUGCGAAAACCAAGAAGAAAAACAAGUCAGCGAAAAUGGAACAUGGCACCGAUCCGGUGAAAAACUUUGAAAAAUGGAAGAAAAAAUACGGAAAGACCAAAUUGAGAGUUAAGCAUGAGAGGGCGGCCCAGAAAAAACCCGAGUGGCAGGUAGAACGGGAGUACAUUCAAAAGUUGGUCAAAAGGUACGCAGACAUCAACUGCAAAGAAGCAAUCAAGUUUUCAGACUUUCCCAUUUCCAAGAAAACGCUGCUGGGACUGCAGGAGGCUCAGUACAGACAGCCCACUGAGAUCCAGAGGCAGACCAUUGGAUUUGCUCUGCAGGGUAAGGAUGUUCUGGGUGCAGCGAAAACCGGUUCUGGAAAGACUCUAGCUUUCCUCAUACCUGUCCUGGAGUGUCUGUACAGGCAGCAGUGGAGCUCCAUGGACGGCCUCGGUGCUCUCAUCAUAUCCCCCACCAGGGAACUUGCAUACCAGACAUUUGAAGUUCUCCGUAAGAUAGGCAAGAACCACGAGUUCUCUGCUGGACUCAUCAUUGGUGGCAAGGAGUUGAAAGGUGAGGUGGAAAGAAUCCAUCGCACCAACAUUGUCAUCUGUACCCCGGGCAGACUGCUCCAGCACAUGGAUGAAACCGCAACCUUUCACACAUCUGACCUGCACAUGCUGGUCCUGGAUGAGGCUGACCGCAUUCUGGACAUGGGCUUUGCAGAUACACUGAAUGCCAUCGUGGAGAACCUGCCCAAGAAAAGGCAGACACUGUUGUUCUCUGCAACACAAACCAAGUCAGUCAAAGACCUGGCCAGGCUGAGUCUGAAAGAUCCAGAGUACGUGUGGGUCCAUGAAAAGGCAAAGUUUAGUACACCAGCCACCCUGGAACAGAGCUACAUAGUGUGCGAGCUCCACCAGAAGGUCAACCUGCUGUUCUCCUUCAUCAGAAGUCACCUAAAGAAGAAGGUUAUUGUAUUUUUUGCAUGCUGCAAAGAAGUGCAGUACCUGUUCCGCGUCUUCUGUCGCCUCCGACCUGGAAUGCCCCUCCUGGCUUUGCAUGGGAAGCAGCAACAGAUGAAGAGGGUGGAGGUCUACAAUGACUUUCUGAAAAAGCCAAAUGCAGUACUUUUUGCCACUGACAUUGCAGCCAGAGGUUUGGAUUUCCCCGCUGUCAACUGGGUGCUGCAGUUCGACUGCCCCGAGGACGCGGACACCUACAUCCACCGAGUUGGUCGGACCGCCCGAUACAAGGAGGGUGGAGAAGCCCUGCUGCUGCUCCUGCCCUCUGAGGAGAAAGGCAUGUUGGCCCAGCUGCAGGAUAAGAAGGUUCCCAUCAAUAAGAUCCAGGUGAAUCCAGAAAAGCUGCAGAAUGUCCAGCAGAAGCUGGAGUCCUUCCUAGCCCAGGAAAAGGAGCAGAAAGACAGAGCCCAGAGGUGUUUUGUCUCCUACCUCCGCUCCAUCUACCUGAUGAAGAACAAAGACGUUUUUGACGUCUUUAAAUUGCAGAUUCACGAGUAUGCGCUUUCCCUUGGCCUCGCUGUGGCGCCGAGAGUGCGUUUCUUGAGUAAAGCUCAGGCACAGAGGACUGAGAGACCUGGGCCCAAAGAGGAGCAGCAUUCUGAUGAAGAGGAGGAGCUGAGGAGCUUUAAGGCACAGCUCAAAGGAAACGUUUCCCCUGGGGAAAGUGAGAGUUCAGAGUCUGAAGACUCAGAAGCAGAUGAGGAAAGUGACGUUGACCAGCAGAAGACGCUGGGACUGGGCGCAGAUGACGACAGUGAGGAUGAUGAUCUGAGAGACCUGGAUCUGCUGACGGUCAAAACGAAGGAUGUCUUCAGCAUCACACAAGGCGAGCAGGACCAGGAGGAGCCUGCUGAGGAGACCAAAAAGGAAAAGACCGUCACAAAGUACACAGAAGCCAAAAAGGUCAUUAAGAAAAAGUUCAAAGUUAACACCAAAGUGACUUUUAAUGAGGAAGGUGAGGCAGUACAGCUGUGGCCACAGGUCCAACGGGCAGCCACUGGUGAAGAGGAGGAGGAGGAAGAGGAUGUUUCAGGUAUCAACCUGGAAAAGGCCAAGGAGAGAUUGAAACGGGAAGACAAGGAGUUUGACAAACAGGAGUACAGCCGUAAAGUGAAAGCCAAACACAGAGAGAAGAGGCUGAAGGCCAAGGCGGCAAGACGGGAGGCCGGGAGGCAGCGUGGGGAACAGUCUGAUGAAGAGGACGAGGUGCUGGCCUACUUGGCCAAUAACAGUGAGGAUGAGUUUGACCCCAGCACUCUACCAGAUCCUGAUAAAGUGGACAAAGAGGAUGAUGAUAGUUCCAGUGAUGAUGGCAACGAUCAUCAGAUCAGACCAGUGAAAAGGCAGCAGAGCAGUGAUGAGGAGGAUGAGGAAGAGGAACUCACAGCAGGAAAAAGGAAGAAGUUGAGGAAAGAGAAUGAAGAGCACAAACCUCUGGACACUGGUCUUUCUCUGGCUGAGGACGAGGAGUUAGUGUUGCGUCUGCUAGGACAGUAGAUCUCUGCUGCUGCUGCUUCAUUUGUUUCACUUAAAUCAUACGAUAUAACAACUGACUGUGAAUAAAAACUAGAAAUA